UUGAUAUAAUUAGGACAGGACUUAAAUGAAGCAGAAAAAGAAGGAGUAUUAGUAUCACCUUGGCCCUUCUGUUGGGAUGAAGUCAUAGAAAACAACCAAACUGUAGCUCAGCAGAAUCUUUCAACUACAUUGAAAAGCCAACCUAGUAAAUGCAACCUAACUUUGGUCCAGAGACUUGUGUUUGAUUUUGAAGCUACAAAAUUUUUCUUCAACUAUUCAAAGUAUAAAAGUGGAGAAAGGGAAAAUGUCUAUGCAUCAUUUGUAAUGACAGAAGGUGGUUUGACCAGGGUCUUUCCACCAGAGAAAUCAUAUUUAUUAGAUGGACUGACAGACCCUUUCACUUCAUUUUUGUACAAGAGAGCUAUUUAUUCAACAUCCUCUGUGUUUAUUGUACCUGAAAAUAAAGUAGGAGUGUUUGAUGACAAUAAUGACACUUUGAUCACUGUGGUGAAAGCUUUUACAAUAACAGAAAGUGAAGGGAGAUACACUCCAGGAGUUGUAGGUAUGAACAUCAGUGCCAAUCUAUUACAGAGUAAACUUGAAACAUUUUUUUCAUCAGAAGAGACAGACUCAAUUUGUUAUAACAAAACGGACAUUGCAUUAUGUUAUUUAUUGGAUGAUGCAGCCUUCAUUGUGGCCACUAACCAGGAUAACAACUUGGACUUGAUAGGACUUUUCUUUGGUACUCAUGAUCCUCACCUCAUGACAGAACUUCAUAUGAAGGGAGUAUACCAGAGCAUUGAUGAUUACAACUAUGAAGCAAGGUGUCCUAAAGAUCAGAAGGUUAACCAAGGUUUUAGACACAUGCCUUUGGGGUCAUCAUUUGGAAGUUUGUUGAGUGUCACUUGGAUCUUUGACCUCUCAGCAUGGUAUCAAGCUAGGAUUUGGUUUUAUAGCUUGAUAUCUUCAUUGUGGUGGCAGCAUGGCGAUUCCUUCCCAGAAUUCUUUUACGAUGAGGAUAACACCACACACUGUAUCACAAGACUCACUCAGUACUACUUAGGUAGUAACAGCACCAGAGCAAGUGAAGAAAUUGAGUUUAAUAACUGCUCACGGGUUUUCUCUGUGGCUAAAGUUGGAAUGACCAACUUGCUACUUGUAAUAGCCACUCCACCUUGUACUGAUGCAACGUUUCAUCCACCACUUCCAAAUCCACCAGUUCCUGUUGAAGUGUUUCCUGACCUCUGCCAUCCACAUGUGAAAUAUCGUGUUCGUCCAGAAAAAUGUUUUGCCUUCCAUAAAUUAGAAGACAGCACUAAAUGUAGUGCCAUUCAACUGCACUCCUUUCUUCAAUCCCAAUUUUUUGCCAUAGGAGUUCUAAUUUUAUUCAUAGAAAUCUCGAACUUGUUUCACCCCUGAUUAACUGUACUCAACUCUUCAUUAAAAUGUAUAGUUUUAUCAAGAAAAAACAGAGCAAUACUGAAUUCUUAAGACUAGUAUACAAUCCAAGUUGAUGUGAAUCACUUGAAGUUAUUGAUUGUGUGUGUGUGUUUAUAUGUACAUAUAUUUAUUUAUAUUCCUGCUAGGAUCCUACUCUACAGAAAGCUCUAUUAUUUGUUUUAUUUUUUAAAUACUGACCAAAAUAGGAGAUAAUUUAAAACUUUGUAAGUGAUGUUGUUUUUUCAUUUACGAUAAAAGUCAUCCAUUUUAAUUCAACUCAACUUUUCUAGGCCUAAAAAUGUUCUUUUGGUUUCCAUAACUAGAAAUAUCUUAAUUUUUAUCAACUAAUAUAAAACUACUUUUGUAAACCUGAAAAUGUUCUUUUGGUUUCCAUAACUAGAAAUAUCUGUUAAUUUUUAUCAACUAAUAUAAAACUACUUUUGUAAACCUGAAAAUGUUCUUUUGGUUUACAUAACUAGAAAUAUCUGUUAAUUUUUAUCAACUAAUAUAAAACUACUUUUGUAAGCUUUAAAAGGAUUUUUUGGUAUCCAUAACUAGACUUUGUAAACCUGAAAAUGUUCUUUUGGUUUCCAUAACUAGAAUAUCUGUUAAUUUUUAUCAACUAAUAUAAAACUACUUUUGUAAGCCUUAAAAAGAUUUUUUGGUAUCCAUAACUAGACUUUGUAAACCUGAAAAUGUUCUUUUGGUUUCCAUAACUAGAAUAUCUGUUAAUUUUUAUCAACUAAUAUAAAACUGCUUUUGUAAGCCUUAAAAAGAUUUUUUGGUAUCCAUAACUAGACUUUGUAAACCUGAAAAUGUUUUUUUGGUUCAAGCUAAAUUUCUGUAAGCUUAAAAUAUCCUGUGAUCUAAAUUUCAUUCAGUAUCUUUUAACCCAUCAUUAGAUGUAGAACAUAAUCUCAGAUGUUCCAACUGUAAGUGGGAAAUCAAAUCUGUAGGGAGUUAUUUUAACCCAUCUUACAUGUAGAAUUUAGUAGCUGAGACACACCAAUUGUUGGUGGGAAAUCAAAUCUGUAGGA